GCAAGCAAGCGGAACACUUCUUGUGCGUACUCGUGAGCGGAUUCUCCGGCUGUGAAGGCGUACUCGGUGUUCAAAAAGGUUGAGUAUGUUGGCUUCGAGACGGCGGUGAAGAGGCAGUUACGGAAACAACCUAUUCAGCAUCAGUAGAAAAUUCACUCCCGCUCAAACAAUGACGGCCUGGAGGGUCUGUUUGUUAUUAAUGACGAUCACAGCUUUUUUGGUCAUUCUGUCACCGAGUCUUAUACACGGAGCAGAGAGAUCAGUGCAUUUCGUGGAAUCUAAUUACUUUGAUUUCUUCCUGGCACCAAGCAUGACCUUUGACCGAGGAGUGCAAAAUUUAUUCUCCCACAACUGGACAAUUGCAGCUGCCGGUCAAGUUGCGUCACCUUAGGGGAUGGAUGCAAGGCCUGGUCAACUGUUUCUUUGAAGAAUGGGUUGACUGAAUGCCGAAUUGCUGACGAAGGACCCAUGACACUUGUGCCGUACAAAAACGAAAACUCCUCAUACUUCUUCAAGAAAUCAAGUGUACCAGGAACAUACAAUUGGGAAGCAGACAACCUUCUGUACGUCGCAUUAACUGAGCCUAUGACUACCAACAUUGCAAGGACCAACUGUUUAAAAAUUCCUGGCCACAGGCUGAUCAUCGUUAAAUCAAAAGAAACCUAUGACCACUUCCUUGCCCGAGCAGUAGGUAAUACCAAACCUUAUUGGACUAUGGACCUCAUAAAAAAGACACAUCCAGAUGAUCUCGUUUGGGGAGAUGGAACCGUCCCCAACCGGACAAUCGUAACUAUAGACGUCAGCAAUAGUGGUGAACAUUUUUUUGCAUUGUACAGCAAUCACAUUGAAGAUGUAAAAGAAAAUCCCUAUCGAGUGCUUUGCCAAGCAAACCCGCUUGGAGUCGAGUGGUAGAGGUCAGUCAUCAGUUUAAAUAUGCUCUAAAAAAUGGAAAACCAAAGAAAGUUACAUGGCCAGUUACUUGAGAAACAAAGCAAGUAUAUAACCGAUUUGGAAACUCAGAAUUGGAAUAAUUGUUAAAAUAUUCAAUAGUCUUCAGCCCUUUCGCUCUGAGGUUAUAGCAGUUAUUUAGUUAAAAAGCACAAAAACAGGAAAUGAAACUCAAACAUUCAUAUUUUGAUGACUAAUGCAUGGUGAUAAUUGAUAGUUUUCUAUCCAGAAUGAGACCCGGAUGUAUAAACGGAAGUCGGCCAUGCUUUAGGUCAACAGCGCUGAGCAAAAGCGACUCACGCAAUCAUGAUAAGAACGAUUUUUCGGAAAUUUGCAAUGAUAUUGUACCUAUCAAUCCUUUAAAUAUGGCAAACACUUGCAGUGUGUUUGGAUGCCACAAAAACUCAAACAGAGACGGCAAAUCGUAUUACUCAGUCCUCGCUGUUGUGAGAAAUCAAGGCGAUGUAACUCAAAAGAUGAGUGAAAGGAGCAGAGCACUGCGGAUGUCCAGGAUAAACAGGGCUCAUUUUCAGCCGUCAAGUUAUACGGAAAUCUUCUCUCAUCACUUCAUAAGUGAUGAGUGCUAUCAACGUUUAGUGUAAUUAAUGAUAUUGGCGAAUAAUUAAAGAUUCCUAAGGCAUAAAUUUCACAAAGAAAUUCAUUAACGGCCACUGCGUUCUCUGUCAAACGACAGAUGAUUUAGAGCCGCUAGGAAGUUAUUUUGGUCAAAUCUUUAAAAUUUGAAUUAGUGCGUAGAGAAUUACGCAUUUGUUAAAAUUAAUAUUAAUCAUCAAGUGUUAAAAACGGCUAGUGUUGUCGAAAAUUUCCCCCCGACUGGGUAGGUUCUAUGUCCCUAGAUGGGGUGGGACUAUGAUGAUCUGGCCUGAAAUCAUAAACCAGGUAAAUUUAACAAAAUACAUGAACUGAAAGGCGAACUCGCGCCAAAGGACAACUUACAAAAAGAAAUCAACUUUAAAACAAUUGACAACGAGGACCCAAAUGCACACAUGGAUAAGAAAUUUAAGUUUCAAAAAACCGUGGAAAAAUCCCAUGACAUCAGUCUAAAAGUGUCACUGUGUCGCUCACAAAAAACCCUUAUUUGUGAAAUAUUUCACCUAUUCGAUGACCUCAGUAUCGACAUUCACAUGAACUGCAAUAUUUCACAUGUCCAAAAUCGCAAUCACCACUUAAAUAUAUGGAGGGAUGUUUAUUAAAUCGCAUCUCAAAGUGUAACAAAGACAACUAUCCCUUUGUUGUUUACAAGUUUCAGUUUAUUUGUAUAUAUCUUUCUCGCACUGCAGGCUCCAGAGAUUCAUUGUGAUAAAUCUUCUGUCUGUGAAUUGUCCUUGGUUGCCAUGUUUCGUGAAUGGUUCAGAAUUCCUUAGAAUAUCAUCGAAAUUUGAUAUUUCCUUUGUUCACAAUGCUUGACCUAAAAGAUGGCGGCGGCUUAUGAGGUGCUCGUCUGCUGUGACGUCAUAGCAAAACUAUCUGCACUUUAGUCAAUGUUAAAUUAAUGUUAAUAAACAGCCAUGAAUCA